CUAACUACUACUACUACCUGCAACGCUUGGUCGAUCCUACGCCGCCAUUCAUUGCCGAAUUGAGUCAAUGAAGGUAACUGCCAGAGAAGUGGCUAGAUUUACGUUUUACUGGCUUCUGGGUGCGAAACGAAUGCUCCCUAUCCCAGAUUUUCUUAUCGCCGUAGCACGUUCGGCAAGGUGCUUGUCGACUCUGCAAUCGGGGACCAUCAUUGAUUACUGCUGUGGCUUGGUGGUGAUAGAUAACGAAACAAAUACGUUCAGGCUCGCUCAUCCGACGGUUCGAGAAUAAUUAUCAUUAGAUCAGCCUGUACCCAAAUCGUAGCAGCUGACACAAUCUACAGAUAUCUCGAAUCCGUUGAGAUCUAUCGCGAUAAAGAAGUGUGCUAUAGCAUGGCCCUGAGGUGCCUGGGUGCAUAUCUGGGCGAAGAUUGUGGUGAAAAUGGGUUUCUCAAAUACGCUACAAACUAUUGGCCAUCUCAUGUGGAGGACCUUGGGUGUGCACCCCAAAGAGCCAAAGUUGUUCCUCGUCUCACAGACUUCUUUACAAAAGAAGAGCACUUUGAUGACUGGCUGGACAAUUUCGAGCUACAGCAGAGAGAAGGCAGUUCUAGGUAGAAAUCUAC